GGAAGUGAGACUUUUGCGCAGGCGCAUCAGCCGCACACGUUGUUUUGGGGCUGAAAGUGGGUUUGACAAAAAAUAGCUAGUAGAUAGUUAUGAUUUAGUAACUUAACAAUGUUUUUUACGUUGUUUAUCACCUCGGUGUUUUAUUUGUAGGUUCUUGGAUUAUUAUCAGCUGUUAUUAGCUGUUGCUCAAACCAGGCGACAGAAAAAGCUGUUUUUUUUAAAGAAAGCUAACUAUCUGGCUAGCUUAGCCCUCUGUAGAAAGCAUGGCAGCUGUAUUGGAGCUGAUUGCUGGGAGCUACGAGCAGGUCACUUUUGGUUAUCGAGUGAAAACUGACGAGAAAGAGUGGACAGCCAAGGCAAACUUCACACAUCACGCCCACACAGCAUCCAUAUCAGCUGUGGCAGCCAGUGAGAGGUUUGUUGUCACAGGAAGCAAAGAUGAGACCAUACAGCUCUACGACAUGAAGAAGAAGAUUGAACACGGAGCUUUGCUGCAUCAUGAUGGCACCAUCUCCUGCCUGGAGUUUUAUGGGGCGUCUCAUUUACUAAGCGGAGGCGAGGACGGACUCAUAUGUGUGUGGAGCACGAAGAAGUGGGAGUGUCUGAAAUCCAUCAAAGCUCACCAAGGUCAUGUGACAUCGCUGUCCGUCCAUCCGUCUGGGAAACUCGCCCUUUCAGUUGGCACAGAUAAAACUCUCAGAACAUGGAAUCUUAUAAACGGAAGGUCGGCCUUCAUCAAAAACAUAAAACAGAAUGCACACAUUGUCAGAUGGUCUCCAGAUGGAGAUAAAUAUGUGGUUGUGAUAAACGACGAAGUAAACAUCUAUGACCUGCAGACCGCCUCCGUGACGGGAACAAUCAAAAAUCCAAAGAGGAUCUCAUCUGUAAAGUUCUUAAAUAACUCCAUCCUGGCUGUCGCAGGAGACGAUGAGAUUGUGAGGUUAUGUGACCUGGGAGAAGAGAAAUGGGUGUGUGAGUUUAAGGCUCACGACACCAGAGUGAAAGCGGUUGACAGUUUCAUGAUGGAGGAUUUCUGCGUGCUGGUGACGGCUUCAAAUGACGGAUUCAUCAAAAUGUGGAAACUCCAUCUAAAAGAGGAGCUGGAGUCUCCCACUCUCCUCGGGGAAGUGAACACAACGGCCAGACUGACGUGCCUCGCUGUGUGGAAACCUUCAUCUGUGCAGCAGACGGCGGAGGAACCAGCAGCUGAGGCAACAACAUCUGAAGACCUCGCUAGGGAGCUUUCAAAGACAAAGAGAGUCCGAAUCGCAGCAGAAGAAGUCAUUCUUGAAGACGAGAGUAAACCCAAAAAGAAGAAAAAGGGCAGUAGAAAAUGAAAUGGGGGAAAUCCGUUUCAUUGUUCUUGGACUGUUUUAUAUCUGGAUGUAUUUGGUCACAAUUAUAUUUUCUUUUUGUGGUUGCCACAGUGAGGUCAUAAAGUACAGAAUGUGUGCAUAUAUUUUGCUGCCAACAUGAAAAGAGGAAAAUGUGAUGGGCAUCAAUAAAAAAAAAAAAUUAUAAUCCAUGGACUGCUUUUUACCUUGAGCUAUAUUGUCAAACAUGCAUUUACUUGUGGUUACCACAGGGAGGUGAUAAAGUGCAGCUGCAGAUUGAAUGUUUUGAAAUAUAUAGCUACUGUAUUUUGUGGCAAAGAUUUUAUGAGUUGAUUAUGAGACAUCACU